AUGUUGUCGACACGAACUAUCGGCCUGGGACCAGCGUUGAGGAGGGCCGUCCUCAAGCCGAGGCAUGGCCAAACCCAAGCCCUACGGGCUAUCUUCCCCAAACGAAGCGUGCAGACACAGUCGCUCCCACCUUCCGCCUCCGUGGAUAUCCUAAACAAGCAGCGGCUGAACCGCCCUUCGAGCCCACACUUUGCCAUCUACCAGCCGCAGCUCACCUGGCUUGGGUCGAUUGCCAAUCGUGUCACAGGCGCUGGUCUUAGCGUCUUGCUGUACGCAUAUGCCAUCGCGUACCUCGUUGCCCCCACCACCUUUGAUUCGACUCAUGUAAUCGAGUUCGUCGCUGCUGCUCCUGACGCGGUCAAGUAUGCCGCCAAGACUGUCCUCGCUCUGCCUUUCGCGUUCCACUCCUUCAAUGGCCUUCGCCACCUGAGCUGGGAUAUGGGCAAAUUCUUGACGCUCAAGGGAGCGUACAACACUGGUUAUGCUGUCCUUGGUGCGACGGCGGUCUCCACCAUCGCCCUUGUCCUCAUGUAA